GCGCAUGAGCCCAGCCACAUGCUAUCGUUUCUUCCUCUCGUCUCUCUAUCUCUGGUGACUGACUGAUGUACUCUGCCGGAGACCCAAAAUCAGAAGAACACUCCCACACCGUCGACCCCCACAACACAAACCUAUCAUUUUUCUUCCAAAAACUCGCACAAAUUCUUCAUCCUCGCCCCCAAUCUAAGCCCGUUUUUUCUUUCCUAAAUUUCCCAAUUUGUUUUUCCUUCUUCUCCCCUGUGAUUUCUCAUCGAUUUCUCAUCUGGGUACCCCCAAAGUUAAGGGAACCAAGAAGAGGAAGAGUACGACGAAGAGGAAUUCGGUUCUUCUAAGAAACAAGGCCCUUCCUCUGCCCCUAAUAACGCCAAUAACACCAACAAAGAUGCCAAAGCUGUUGAUAAAGCAAGCGUGAUAAGAUCAAAACAUUCGGUGACUGAGCAGCGAAGAAGAAGCAAGAUAAAUGAGAGAUUUCAGAUAUUGAGGGAUCUCAUACCUCAUAGUGAUCAAAAGAGGGACACAGCAUCAUUCUUACUGGAGGUGAUUGAGUAUGUUCAGUACUUACAGGAGAAGGUACAAAAGUAUGAAGGCUCAUAUCAGGGUUGGGGUCAUGAACCCUCAAAGUUGAUGCCAUGGAGAAAUAGCCAUUGGCGUGUGCAAAGCUUUGUUGGGCAACCACAAGCCAUAAAGAAUGGUUCAGGUCCUGUGUCACCUUUUCCUGGAAAGUUUGACGAAAGCAACAUUAGUAUCUCUCCAACUAUGCUUAGCGGCAACCAGAAUAUGAUAGACACCGAUCAGGGUAGGGAUAUUGUCAGCAAAGCAUCCGAAGGACAAACUGAUUUAGCUAGCAAGGGAAUAGCUCUGCCCUUGGGUAUGCACCCAAACAUGUCUAUUCCUGUCAGAAGCGAUGGUGUACUUUCACAUCCUCUACAGGGAUCUGUUUCAGAAGCGCAGUCAACUGAGUGCCCUGCCGCUAGUGAACCACUGAGCCAACAGGACGAGCUGACUAUUGAAGGAGGGACAAUCAGCAUUUCUAGUGUGUACUCCCAAGGGUUGUUGAACAAUCUGACUCAGGCACUACAGAGUGCUGGUUUAGAUCUAUCACAGGCCAGCAUUUCGGUUCAGAUUAAUCUUGGAAAACGAGCAAACAAUGGACCAAGCUGUGGGACCUCUUCUCCCAAGAAUCACGACAUGGUUCCUUCCAGCAACCAAGCUUUUGCACAGUUUAGAGAUGCAGGCAGUGAAGACUCGGACCAAGCUCAGAAACGUCUGAAAACAUUCAAGUGAUUUCUCCAGGCUUUUCGGCAACUCCUGCAGGGGUCAUCCAGAAUCUGCACUGGUUCCCGACGUGGUAUAUCCUUCUGUUAAUGUACAUCCUUGGCCAGUUUCUAAUUCACUUACGAAGGAGGUCAUUUUGGAAACAAAAACCUAAGAACGCAAAUGUUAUUGUGGGAAUAUUGUUGAGAUGACUUAUGUGACUGGACAUGUCAUAUGCCAUAUCUUGUAUUUUGUUUGUAUGGUACAUAUUAUAAUUAUAGUUAGUGUUAUGUA